AAACGUCGACGGAUUUCGUAAACAUUACCGCCUUUUAAAACACGUGUAACCGAACUCCGCUCGGCACCGUUUUUCAUUGGCAACGGUCGAUCGUUGCGCACGGACAUACACUAAAUUCCCCACUACGUCCUGCCGUCCCGCUACUCCAACUGACAACAGUGGCCGAUAAAAAACAAUUUGUGGUCAUUUCUGGGUAACCGGACCGUAGUUCCAAAAUACCGUUGUUGCGUACAAGAACAGUGCUGCAGGUGAACAGGUAAUACAAUUGGUUCAAUAACUUAAACCGACUUAAACCUAAUCUGACUUUUGAGACCGUGCCCGGGGUUCAACGUGCCCCCUGAACACCUCGGCAUAUCGGAUUGAAAAUGAUACUUACUGGCAUAACACAUAGCCGCACAUAAACACGAAGUGCUUCGUGCUUCCGAAAUUCGUGCCCCGGCUGCUUUAUUCGGAGGGCUCGACGAGUGACUAGUGCGGGUUCACACGAACACCGGUACACGGCGCGGGAACGUAAUUAACAUUGUCAUAUAUGUUUUGUAUUUGACCAAUAACGUAUUCGUAUUUUAUAUUUUUCCCGUCUGCGUUUAGCUAUACAAUCGUCUUUUCUUCAUAGAACAGUACGGAUCGUUACUGCCAUCUAGCGUUGUGAUUCCGGCUAUUGGGGGCUUUCGGUUUUCACAACAUUAAUCCUUGAAUAUCCGGGGUAUAGACAAUUCAAAUAACAUGACACCAUGAUACUCAUUUCUUAUCAAAACGGUCUCUAGACUCGGUUGCUGUUUACACACCAAUUAAUGUCGCCGUGUCUCGGUCGUGUUUUUGAUAAGCUUUGACAAGUGGUUGAAUUCCGCUGAUAAGAACAUUUGAAAUUACAAUGGCGAAUUGACACCAUGUAUUAUUAAUUUUUUCUAUAAAUCAAUAACGUAAUAAUAUCAUAUUUGUUUAUGUAUUAAUAUUGAAUUAAUGUUCGAAAUGUUUUAAGAAGAAACAAUUUCGGUCGUCAUGAACUCAGAUCUGUCGCCCUAUUGCCAGCCCGGACCAUCCACCUCAAAAGAUGAACAUUGUCCAUCAACAUGUACGGACAAUCAAAUUCAAUUUCCUCCUUACCACUACAAAAUAGAUGCACCAGGAUCAUCAACGUCUAGUGGGCAACUGCCAUACCCGGUGCCUAUGUCAACCUGGCCAGACAGUCAGAGUUUUCCUUCGUACAUGACGAUGGCAGUAAAUGCUGCACAGCCGCCAUCAUAUAUUUAUCCACCAACUUCUAGCUUAAGAUUACCACCGACUGAACAAAUACCUCCCAAUUGUUUGGAUUGGACCAUUAAUCCUAUAAAACCUCUUCCUCGGCAGUUUAAAACUACAUCAGAACCAUUAUUUACCCUUGGAUACAGUUCAACUAUAUCAGAAAAUUGGAUGGAAGGUGACAAAGGGCUCCAGUACAGUAUUAAAAAUUUCACUUUUUCCACCAAAAGGAUUAAUAGUUUAAACGAAGCUAGUACCAGUCAAGUUCAUGAGGAGUAUGAUUCUUUGCUUGUAUCCAUCCCUCAGGUAUACUUAAAAAUAUAUAAACUAUAAGACUUGUUUUCCAAUCUUCCAACCUUUUUGUUAUGGCAACUCACAACAAAAAAUUCAAAUAUGGCAUAAAAUAUGACAUUAACAACACAAUUUUUUUUAAGUAAUUUUAUCAAAUAAUAUAAUGUGAUAAGUACUGAAUAACUCAAUUCUGGUAAACAUCAUUAAGAUUGAUGAAUAAAUUAAUAGUAAAUGAAUACCAAUUGACAUAACAUAGUAAUAAAAUUCGUUUUACUGUUAAUUUUAGACUAUUCAUUUUUUUUUCAUGUUGUGCUAAACUGCCUGAUUGAUUGUACAAUUACAUUUUGGCUUAAACUAAUGGCUGUGGUUUAACAAAUAGUAUUAACUAAAAUUAUAAAAUUUAAUUAAUUUGAAAUAAGUGUUUAAUAAUGAAUUAAAACUUCUUUCUUACUUUCUUUCACUGAUAAGUAAUAAGUAUGACAAUGAUACCAUUAAUAUUUAUUAGCGCAUCUACCAAUGAGACGACCAAUUUCCCCAUUCUCUUAAUGAAAUCAUACCUACUAUAAAUUAAUAUGAUGUAUAUCUAUUAUAUUAGUCGUCCUACAUACUAUUUUACAUACAUUUCAAAUAAAAACAUAACUUUAUAAUUUGUAAUUAAUUUAUUGAUAAAAUUAUUUUCUUUUUGAUAAUUAAGAUAUUUUUCUUAUUAAUUUCCUAAAAGCGACCCAUUAAAAAUAUUUUACAAACCAUAGGUUGGGAAACAAUGAAUUAUAAUAACCUAACGCCAUUAUAUUUACAUUUACUCUAAAUUUUUAUUUGUACACAAAUGUGAAAUAACAUUCUAUGUAUAAUUUCAAUAGAAUCAAUUUUAAAAUUAGAAGUAUUUAAAUUUUAGGCACUAGAAGGAGAUUACCACUAUUAUGUUUGGCCAUCAUCACCUGUACUUGCUUGGAUUAUAUGGGAACAUAGACUUGAACUACCUGGUAAAAGGAUUUUAGAAGUUGGUUCUGGAACCUCAUUGCCAGGUAUAGUGGCUGCCAAAUGCGGAGCUAUUGUUACCUUGACCGAUGACCCCACUAUACAAGGAACUAUCAAACACAUUCAGAAAUGCUGUUAUAUGAAUGGCUUGUACCCUGAACAAGUAUAAAUUUCAAUACCAUUUUUCUAAUCCCAUCUAUUUAUAAUUUGAUAUUAAUUAAAUAUUUUUUUUCAGAUUAGAGUUCUUGGAUUGCAAUGGGGAUACUUUUUCCGUGAAACAUUAAAUAUUGGUCCAUUUGAUUUAAUUAUCGGAUCAGAUUGUUUUUAUGAACCGAAUAUGUUUGAGGAUUUAAUUGCGACUAUUUCAUAUUUACUAGAACGCAAUCCUUUGGCUAAGUUUAUGACAACAUAUCACGAAAGGGACCCAGAAUAUGGAAUUGAUGAACUGGCGGCAAAAUGGAAACUAAAUUGUACACACAAAUCAUUAGAAGACUUAGGCAAAAAUAAUGAAUUAGAUAUUUAUGAAUUAAUGAAAGGCAACGAUAUACAUUUAAUAGAAAUUACCAGAAAAAUUGUAAAAAAAAAUGUGACCCAAUAGUAAGUAAAAUGUUUUGCUUUACUUAAAUAGUAUUAUUCCGUCCAAUUAAUAAAAUCAUUGAUUUUAUAAUAUAUAUAUAUAUAUUAAGUUAUAGGAUAACUUACAAUUUGUACUUAGCAACAGUGGUGAACUUAAUUGACAUCCACAUUCUGCUCUUUUAUACAAUGAUAAGAAAAUAUUCCACCGUACCACUAUCCCUAACAGGAAACCAUUUUUACCUAUUCCCUAUUCUAUUUAUAUAGAGCAGCUUAUCUUUACAGUCUAAAAUCAAUGGUUACAAUAAUAAUCAUCAUAAUAGUUUUUAAGUUGUUUAGGUCACUACAUUAUUUUAAAAGAUUAGAAUCAUUUAUGUAUCCAUUUAUAAGGCUUAUGCCUUGAAAUUAUAGAUCUCGAUUAUUUAGAAAUUAGGAGGUUAAAACUAGAUUUGUUUUUUCUCCAUAAAGUACUGUUUGGUACAUACAUUUUAUGGCCUGACUUAAUUGAAUGACUAUCCUUUCACAGUCAAAUUAUACCAUAAGUUCAGCUAUUAUUCAUACAAAGUGCCAUAUAAAUUUGCUAAACUUUGACCAAUGAUGUAUAAUGAUGAUAAUCAUAAAAUAUAUAAUUUUUUUUUAAAAUCUAUAAUUACUUAAGUUUACUUUUUAUAGUUGUAUUAACAUCAUAUAUUUAUAUAAAUACUUUUCAAUGUAUAUAUUCUUUUCUUGUUUAAUUUAUGAAUUGUUUAUUCUUGUUAUAUUUCCACAAAUUAUAACAUUCAUCAAAAUUAAUCAACAUGUUGUUUAAUAAAUGAGCAUCUGCUCAUUUGAAUCUAAAAUAAAAUUUUAACACAAAAUUUAAACACAAAAAAUAAAAUCUUUUACAUUUAUAUGAAUAAUUUAUUUUCCCAAAAAUAUUUUAUAUUGAAAUUAUCGUUAGUUCACAGUAUUAAAAUAGGCAUGCUAAGAAUCUGUUUUAUUGUAUAUGAAUAAUAAUAACGCUAGACUCAAAUUAUUAAAGUAAACGAAAUGACCAAACCAAAAUAUAACAAUAUUUAUAUUAAAGUUUAGUAAAAUUCGAAAAACCGUAAUAAUUGAUCUUUGUAUUGUUAGUAAAUCUAACAUUUUUAGUAUUCAAUAAAAUUUGUAUGAGUGGUUGACUUGGCAUGUUCUUGUGCUUGUGUCUGUCCAAUCAUAAUGUAUCCACAAUCAUUACACUUAAGAGUAAAUCGAUUAACAUCUGUAUAUUGUUUACUAGACUUAGCUUCAUUGGCUAGCAUUUGAGCAGCUUCUAACAUGCGUUCAUCAUUUGUGGGAAAUAAUGUUUGAAUUUCUCCAGGCUGAAAUACAUUUUAAUUUAACUUUUUUUUUUAAAUAAACAGGUAUUAGGUUAAAAUAAAUACAAAUUAAUGUACCUAUUGAAAAAAAAAAAAAAUACUUACAGCAAAUGGAGAUUCUAAAUAGAGUGGAUCGUAGUGUAUACCAUCAUAUAUUAAAAAUACUCUAUGAGCAUAAUUUUUAUCUUCACCGAAUUUACUAAUAGAACCGCUUUGAGUAUCAAUUACAGCAAUUUCCACUCCAUAAAAAUCAGCUAAAAUAGAUACUUCAAUAGCACCGCCCCAUGAAUUUGGAUUUUGUAUCCAUACACAGUAGUCUGUGUUUGGUUUACCUAAAACAGCUUCAUUGAAUGUUUCUUUAUCAUUCUUUACUGCACUGGCUAUAAUCUCACGCAUGUAGUUGCCACUAUUUAAAUCAAUUCUACCUA